AUUAAUAUCUCAUAGCUGGUCCAAAGGCCUAGAUGAGAUCUUUGAAAUAUGGCGUUAACCUGUUGUUUUAGUGUCUGAAAAGUAGUGAUUAUCUGACGUUGAGAUAGUGAAUGAGUGUAAAAUUGAAUUUAUACAUCUUCUCUCUCAUGUGAUUGACAAAGCUGAACACCCUUCCCCGGGACCCAUCCCAUUAAUUGUUCCUUGUUUAAGGAAGAAUCUCCCAGCUGACCCUCUCCAUUAAACAAUUUCUUAUACUUAAGCAGUUUACAGGGAAUUUGUUUUCCAGUGAAUAACAUUUUGUGAUCAUCAUAUUCAUUUAUUCACUGCUCAUUGUAGUUCAUAUGCGUCUUGCUAUAGGAGCUCAAGCCAUGGCUGCUGAGAAUCAUGAGACGUCCAAUGGCUGGCCACUUGGGCUACAGAUAAUGAACAUGAGACUUCGGUUGCAAGAAAGAUUACAGGCUGCAGCUCCGGUGGUUGGACCAUACUCUUUGCACAUCCCAUCAAGCAGUUUUUCCUCAUUCUCCUCCUCCAACCUUGACACCGAGUCCUCAGCAUCAUUUUUCCAAGAUAACAGCGUUUCUCUAGGGAAGCUAAUCGGAUUUAGACAACACGACAGGGGAUCAGUGUACUUGCAAAACACAAUGCGUACUGAGCAAAGCAAUGGGCUAGCUGUAUCAGGUGCCCGCAAGGAUGUCUCGAGAGGACACAGCGCAGAUAUGACUCAGGGAAUAUGCAUUCCUCUGAUACUUGGUGCUCUAGUCAAGAUCAGCAGAAACAGGAGCAAGUCAAAGACAUUGGAUGUUUGAGAAUUGAGGGUAUUGAAGAAGCCAUUUAAUUUUCUUCAAUGGCAUGUGGCCUGGCAUACAAAAGAGAAUAAAACUUUCGUUGACCUCUACCAAAUUCUUUUCUGCUGUCCGUGUAUUCAGAAAUCAGCCAUUAAUUGUAACAUUGGCAAUGUUACUUUUAUGGGACUUUUUUUUUAUCACACAGCAUUAUCAACUUCCUUUUUUCCCUUUCUAGGAAUUUUGAUUAUGGGGUUUUCAUUAUUCAUGCCUUGGUUCUAAGGUAUAUUAAAGCCAAAUAAAUUGUUACAGUGAAUUAAUGGCG